AUGAACGCUCAAAGCGAUAAGGAGCUGUUUGAAUUCCUAGCCAAUGCUCCUAAGGAAUUUCGGGAUGGAGAAAGGAUCAAAAAGUUUCAACUCAAAAAUGGGGAUUAUAUUCAUUGUGUAUUGUGGAACAUGCAUUUCUUCAUUACUGGAACAGAUAUAGUGAAGAUACUAGUCUGGAGGUUUCAGAAUGCUGGAAGGUGUCUAACUAGCUUGAAAAAGUUUGAGGAGGGUGUAUUUUCUGAUUUAAGGAAUCUGAAGCCUGGAAUUGAUGCAACGCUUGAGGGCCCUAGAAGCGAGUUUUUAGAGUUUCUAUAUAAGAAUGGGUGUAUAAGGACACAAAAGAAGCAAAAAGUUUUUUAUUGGUAUAGUGUUCCGCACGAUGCUUUGUUUUGUGAUGCAUUAGAAAGAGACUUGAGAAGAGAGACAAAUUUAUUUACAUACAAUAAGUAUAUCAAUAACCUUACGAGAAACAGCGUGCUUCCUCAUGGGAUGGUUGGGUUUGUAAGCCAUACACGGCAGAAUAGCAAAAGAAUGGGGGCGGAGGUGGAUCCACGAUAUUUAAGGGGCAUAGAAAACAAGGUUCUUCCUAUGGGAAUGAUGUACAGCCAGGGAAGGUCUAUGCCACAACAGGACGUACUUUUUGAUCAGCAACACCACAAGAAGGCAACUACUGUACCUUCUCAGCAGAAACCGCAAAGUAUAUAUGACAAGCAGUUUGAAGAAAUACAGAAGAAUGGGUUCCUAGACCAAGGGUUUCCUGGAUUCAAUAUUAAGGACAAGUUGUUUUCUUCUGGAGAUCAGCAGCUAGAAUAUGAUCUCCAUAGGACAGAUAGCCUGUUUUGUAAUGAUUUAUUCACUACGGCAAUAAUUGAAAAGCCUUCAUCAAAUCUAGACACAGGGUCUUCGAAGAAAAGCAAGAUCCACAAUACAACUCCAUCCUCAUUUCUUGAAGAGCUUCCUGAUGGAUUUUCUCUUGACGACUUUGACUUUCUUAAGAAUCGUACAGAAAAGAGGAGCACUGAUGAAGGGUCUCGUCAGAGCUCUCUUAAAGAAGGAACCAACCAAAGAAUUCCUCAUGACGGUGUCACACUGAUACCAAACGCAAAAGGUAGUCUUCAAAAAUAG